CUCCUCCUCCUCCUCCUCGCCGCUCCCUCCCUCCGCCCGCCCCGCCCGCAGCAAGGCGGCGGCGGCGGCGGCAGCGGAGCGCGGUCGGAGCGGCGCCCAGAGCCGGCCCGGCCGGGCCGCGCCGCCGCCACCACGGGAAGCGCCCGGGAGUUUUCCACGCUCCGAGGCUGUCCCUGUGCAUCCCCCGAGGAGCCGGCGGGGCCCAGCCUUUCCCGGGGGAACAUGGACUGAAAGAGGAGCUUUGGCAGACCCCAGCUGCCAGCACCCUUCACCUGGACCCUGAUGGACUCUGAGGCAGGACUGCAUUACCAUGGUGAUGAUCUUAACCAAAACUCGGGAAAACAAAGGUGCUGACUCCGUAACAUGCAGGACUGAGCUGCACACUCCAAAGAUGAGUCAAGGACCUACCCUCUUCUCUUGUGGCGUGAUGGAAAAUGACAGAUGGAGAGAUCUCAGCAGGAAGUGUCCACUUCAGCUCGAGCAGCCGGGCGCCAGCAUCUGGGACUGCUUGUCGGACAAGGGCGAGGAGGGCCCUCGCUGGCCCAGGGAGGGGACCAGCACCUGCUCCGUCACCAACCUGAUCAAGGACCUGAGCCUCAGCGACCCCCACGGCAACGCCUCGGCCCCCCCCAGCAAGCGCCAGUGCCGCUCGCUCUCCUUUUCCGACGAGAUGUCGGGCUGCGGGACCUCGUGGAGACCCCUGGGCUCGAAGGUGUGGACGCCGGUGGAGAAGCGCCGGUGCUACAGCGGGGGCAGCGUGCAGCGCUACUCCAACGGCUUCGCCACCAUGCAGAGGAGCUCCAGCUUCAGCCUGCCCUCGCGGUCCAACCCGCUCUGCGCCGAGCAUCCCGCCCUCGGCGGCCGCAUGGGAUGCCAGCCCAGGAAAACGGCUGCUGGCGGGCACGGGGGAGAGCGGGUGGACAUCCAGAGGUCCCUGUCCUGCUCGCACGACCGCUUCUCCUGCUCGGAGUACGGCCCGCCCUCGGCCAGCAGCACACCCGCCUCCACGCCGGAGCUGGGCCGUCGUGCCGGGGGGCUCUCCCGGAGCCGCUCCCAGCCCUGCGUCCUCAACGACAAAAAGGUGGGAGUCAAGCGGCGGAGACCGGAGGAGGUCCAGGAGCAACGGCCCUCGCUGGACCUCGCCAAGAUGACCCAGAACCGCCAGACUUUCAACAGCCUUACCUGCCUUAGCGCCGCGGCCGAGGACGGCUCCCAGCGGGCCCCCGGCCCCCCGCCCUGGAGCGCAGCCCCCCGCUCCCCCGAGGUGAUGCCGGGCAGGACCCCCGCCUGCACCCCGGUGCCGGAGCCGCCGCGCCCGCAGCCCGAGGACCCCCGGGCGAGCAGGGAUGACCUCUCCUGCGAGGAGGAGGAGGAGGGCGGCGGGAAGGAGGAGGACAGGGUGACCUGGCGGAGCAGCGGGACAGGCGCCGAGAGCCUCUUCCAGCUGGACGGCGAGAUCGACAUCGAGCAGAUCGAGAACAACUGAGGAGGGAGCGGGUCCUCUCGCCCCGGUGCCGGGGGGCUGCCAGCAGAGCCCUGGAGGGCUCCUCGCUGUGGUUUGCGGGGUCCUGUCACUGCUCCCCCUCCUGCCAGCUGGAGGGGACAAAGCAGCUUUGCCAAAAUUUCAUCAGGUAUUUAGAGCAAUUUGUGUGCAUGCGUGUGUAAAUCUUGAAAUUCUUUGUAACUACUGUAGCCAGAGAUCAGCCAAGUCGGAGGAAAGUGCCUGUCCGAUAGGAAAACCAGGCACAGGGAUUGCCAAAAUCUCGCCAUUAGCGAGUAAAUGGCUUUUCCCAGGACAGGGUUGGAGCUGAUGGAGCUGGCCAUGCUCCCCUGGGUCCCACCUGUGCUAGUUGAGAAAAGGGAUGCACAAGGAGAAACCACCACCCCUGGGGCUGGAAAAAGUGGGGGGAAACCAGAGUAUUGAGAUUUGCAAUCCGAGCACUGGCUGGUGGCUACUGCCGGUGUGGCUGUGGCUCCUUUUCUCCCGCCACAUCCCAUGCAGCCCCAGCACCCCCUCUCUCCCCGUGUCCCUGGCAGUGCCGUGAGAAGGAAAUCACAAGUGAAGUCUUUUGCUUAAAUUUAAUAAUGGCAAGAGCUGGAUUUUUACUGGGGUUUUUUUUUAAUAUUUUUUUUUUUUAGUUUUCCUGAUGAGGAAUUAAAGGGACCCCAUGCAGGGUGGUGUCCACAGCAGUGCCUGCCAGGUGCUGCCCGGGGAUGCUCAAAUGCCUUUCUUCCCUAUUUUUUUAAUUCUCAGCCCUCUCUCUCAACCCUGUUGGGAGACAGCCCCACUCAGGCUUGGUGCCACCCUCGCUUGGGUUCCCAUCACCCUGUUGGGACUGGGCUGUUUACCCAUUUAUCAGCAGCUGUGCCCUCUUUGCUACCCAGGGCACGGCUGCCACCCUCUUUUUUUGGCUUUACUGUGAAGGGCUGUGUGCCCAAGGCAUGUCACAGCGGGGUUACUUGACAAAGUCAGCUGGCAAAAGGCUGAAAAUCCAGGUAGCAGCACUGAAAGCUUUUCCUCUUCCUGUGCCUUUUUUUAAGCACAGAUAAAAUGGUGACCAUUCUGUUUUUUACAAUAUGAAUUCUCUUUGCUAAAAAUAAGCUGUCCACUUGCUAACAGGUUUAGAAGGACAUAUAUUUUUUUUUCUCCCUUUGUUUUUUCUUUCGUUUGUUUGUUUAAAGCUCUAGGGAGUCUGUACGGGUGGCUUACAGCAUCCUCUGCAGGUUCCUUCAAGCUCAGGGUUCACUUCCCGAGCUUUGCAAAAGCGAGAAAGGAAAAUAAUCAUGGAUACCAACAGCGAUUGAAGACAUGGCAUUUUUAGUGGGGUUCAGCACCCCCGUUGGUAGUGCUUUGAGGGUCCAUAACUCAGAAAGACUGAGAGCUGCUGGUACAGGUUUCAUUCACCAUUUCUGGUUGUUAGUGCACUUUUUUCUGCAGUGGUUUGGGAUACGUGUGGCAUCUCUCACCACAGUGGAACCCAUUAGCUGUUAUCCCUGUCCUGGCACCCCAGAAGUUUUGCUCCCUCCAGGAAAGCAGGACCAGCCCCAGGUAUUUGAGGAGGGGAUGACAGGGAUGCCUUUUCAUUUUGGGGAACCCUCCAGCUCUUUUAAGUGUUGCUUGAUGCAUCACUUAGAAGAAAAUACACCGUGGGUUAAUUUUUAGCCCUCCUGUUGUGGAAGACGCUGCUGGUCUCAGUCAUUUUGGGAGGGUCCAGCCAUGCUAGUUUUUUCCCAGGUUGCUGCCCCUCUGUCUGUGCCCCUGCAGGGUCACCCCCACAGCACAGUUCUUGGCUUUGAGUCUUCCUGAUGCUCCAUCCAUCCUUCCCACCACUGACACGUCCCAGUCCUGGGGCACACAGCUCCUGCUGGCCACAGGCACCUCCUCAGCUGGCCGAAAAGGGGCAAAGUCACCCAAAUCCGUGUCCGGCUGCUGUCGCAGAGCCCCGGGUGGGCUCUUGCAUGUGCAUCACUGGGGGAAUUCCUAAGGGCUUCUGUUUUCUUUCCAAGGGCUGCUCCUGGUGCCAUGCUAACCCUCCAGUGUGGGAAGGUGGCCAAUGGACCACGAUCCAGCUGUACUGGACGUAGCCGUAGCAUUCAGUUUACAUACAGCACAACCUGUUUGCCUUACUAAAAACGCUUCUCCAAUGAGUCAUGGCCUUAUACUGGGCACGUUGGCGUAGGCACAGACUACAGUUAGCGACGGUUUUGAGGCCACGGUGGUGUUCUGUUGGGUAUUUCUUGUUGGGUUUGUAUGAUUUCAUGUACUUAUUCUCAGUUUAAGAAAGCCUUACUUUUUAAAUUUCUUUUCUCUCUCUCUCUCUCUCUCUCUGUAGAGGUAAAACGUUUGUGGAUUUAUAUAUAUAUAAAUAUAUAUAUAAAUAAAGUAAUUAAAAAAUAUUAAAUAUAAUAUAGUAUGUGCCUCAGAUUCAGGGGACAUCCUGUUGAUUGUAAAGUCAGAAGUGGCGUUGCUCCCUGGCGUCAGGAGAUCCGUCCCCUACGCCUGCAGUGGGAGAGCAGGGCAUCCCCCUGGGGGUCCUGCUCUUGGUUUGUAAAGGACUUCACCUAUUACACAGAUGCUUUGGUAACCCUCCAACUCCUCCCCCGACAAAUCCCUGCCGGCUGCCAGAAUGUGAUGUUAAAGUAAUAUGCAGACAAAGGAUGUUAUUCCUUGCUAGGUAGCUAAAACAGGCUUAUUAUUGUGAAGAGACCCAAUGGCUUGUCCAAGGUGUGACCCAGUCUGGGCAGCCAUGGUUUUAGGAUGACAGCAAAGCUGUGUCAGCAGCAAUCAUCCUGAAAAAAUAGGAUUUUAACACAAAAAGUCUUAGCAGGCACACAGGAGUCUGCUGUGUGUUUGCAGAUGUAGCUCUUUGAGCCGGUUCUACGAAAGAGUACAUUUAAAAAAACAACAACAACAACAACAAAAAAAACAAACAAAAAGAAGUGUUUGUAAAAUAGAUUGUAAUUUUUCUACGUUCUAGCAUAGCCUGUUUGGCCAAUAAAGUCGUGUUUCAAGUGCAUUGUUUAAAGCUCCUGGCUGCCCAGGCGAAUAGACUGACGUAGGAUGUUCUAGGACUGUAGAAGUGCUUUCCGGCGUGUCUGAGUUUGGUGUUUUCAAGAAAGCGAAAAGAAGAGGAUGGCCAAAUUAAAAAAAAAAAAAAAAAAAAAAAAUUAAAAAAGGACGAGAAGAAAAAUAAAAACAAAGCCUUCUGAAGCUAUGACCUGUAGUAGCCAAGUCUCGCUGGCAAAAUUGCACAAGCGCCGCGGGACGCACGUGUCCCCGGGGAGGGGCUGCCCAAGGUGCCCCCUGCGCGGGCCGGCGAGGAGGCUGCACGUUCCCACCCCCUCCAUGACUUGAUUGCACUAGAGCAGCUCAAUCUCAGGAAAUUGCUUGUUACUUUUACUGUGUAAAUAAAGCUUCCUGGUUCAAUAA